CCGGAUUCGACUUUCAACUGGCCGAACCUUGAAACAUCAUCGACCUCCAAAUUGAAGCCUAACGAAUUCGCAUCGGCAUCCACACCAUCAAACCGCUCCUGGCCUACUGUUCUUGUGUCUUUCAUAUAGUGUUGAUCAUAAUUCUACCGCCAAAAUGUCGCAAGUUCACGCCCUGUCCGACGACCAGGUCGGGCAGGAGCUCCGCAAGAUGACGGCGUUCAUCAAGCAGGAGGCCAUGGAGAAGGCGCGCGAGAUCGAGAUCAAGGCCAACGAGGAAUUCGCCAUUGAAAAGUCCAAGCUGGUGCGCCAGGAGACCGACACCAUCGACAGCCAGUACGAGAAGAAGUUCAAGCAGGCCACCAUGUCUCAGCAGAUCACCCGGUCGACUGUGGCCAACAAGACACGUCUCAAGGUCCUCGGCGCGCGCCAGGAGCUGCUGGACGACAUCUUUGACGCCGCGCAGAAGCGCCUGUCCGAGGGCACCAAGGACAAGAAAAAGUACCAGGAGAUCCUGAAGAACCUGCUCCUCGAGGGCUUCUACGCCCUUCACGAGCCGCAGAUGCAGGUUCGCGCUCGCAAGGCCGAUUACGAUAUUGUCAAGAACGCAAUUGAUGUCGCCGCCAAGGAAUAUAAGCAGAAGGUCGGCUCGGAGAUCAAGGCGACGAUCGACGAAAGCAACCCUAUCGCGGACGGAAGCACCGGCGGUGUUGCUAUUCUUGCCGGCGGUGGCAAGAUUGAGAUCGACAACACAUUCGAGGCAAGGUUGUCAAUCCUCAAUACCAGUGCACUGCCUGCGAUGAGGGAGGCUUUGUUUGGAAAGAACCCGAACCGCAAGUUCCACGACUAA